GGGGCGGCGCUGUCAGCGCGAGGCAGCGAGCGGAAUGCAGCGGCCGGAGGCCUGGCCACGUCCGCACCCGGGGGAGGGGGCCGCGGCCGCCCCGACUGCGGGCCCGGCGCCGCCCGCCCGAGCUGGGGAGCCCGCGGGGCUGCGGUUGCAGGAACCUUCCCUCUACACUAUCAAGGCCGUUUUCAUCCUAGAUAAUGACGGACACCGCCUGCUGGCCAAGUAUUAUGAUGACACAUUCCCCUCCAUGAAAGAGCAGAUGGCCUUCGAGAAAAAUGUCUUCAACAAGACCAGCCGAACUGACAGUGAGAUUGCAUUUUUCGGGGGCAUGACCAUCGUCUACAAGAGCAGCAUUGACCUCUUCCUGUAUGUGGUGGGCUCAUCCUACGAGAACGAGCUGAUGCUCAUGUCUGUUCUCACCUGCCUGUUUGAGUCCCUGAACCACGUGCUAAGGAAGAACGUGGAGAAGCGCUGGUUGCUGGAGAACAUGGACGGAGCCUUCCUGGUGGUGGAUGAGAUUGUGGAUGGCGGCGUGAUUCUGGAGAGUGACCCUCAGCAAGUGAUCCAGAAAGUGAAUUUUAGGGCGGAUGACAGCGGCUUGACUGAACACAGUGUGGCCCAGGUCUCUCUGCCCAGACUAAUCCUGCUUUUAUGGAGCUUCCUGUCCUGGCACUAACUUCCUCGUGCUGUAGUGGCCAACGCUGAGAUGGGCCCAUGCCAUUUCAUGUGGGGCCCCAGGUGUGGUGCCCUUUGCUGUACCUGCCCUUCAUGCUCACGCGGCCUCUCCCUUCCCCGUUCUCCUUGCCUCCUCCUACCCUGAUGAGAUGAAUGCAGCCGCAUGGCAAUUUUCAGGGCUAAAGAGGUUAAGGGACAAUGAGCAGAGCAGAUAAGAACAGGGGCACUGGUGUGAGUCGUCCAAAGGAUGUGGCGUUCUGCCUUACUACCUACAAGCUGGGUGGCCUAGCACAAGAUAGUCUACCUCUCUGGGCCUCGCAUAAUCACAAGUGAAAGUGAAAGUGAAGUUGCUCAGUCGUGUCCAACUCUUUGCGACCCCAUGGACUGUA